AUGGACUCUUCGACGAGACGGUUGGGAAACAGAUGUCGCUGGAAUAGAUGUCGCUACACAUCUGCGCACUGUGGUGCCAUCUGUCGGUAAUUGUCAACAUCAAGUUUAUCGGAAAUUUUAGUAUCAGCUCUUGUCAGCAGAUGGCACAGUAAAACUUUUUAUUAAUUUUAUGUAGGUUUACUUCUUUAAAUAAAUAUAUUACAAGAUUUAACAAGAGUUAUAACAAUAAUUAUUUAUUAAUCUUAAUGUGCAACAAGAUUUUAUAACAAUCGUUUGCUUCGAUUGAUUAUUAAUAACUCAGAAUAUAUCUUUUGCUAUCUUAUUUUCUUUUUCUUCAUUUCAAAUCAGCGUCGCUUUUUUAAAUGCGCUGCUACAUCUCUAAUCUCUUAUAAUUAAUUAGUUUCAUUCAAUGGUUUGAAUUUAUUCAGAAAAAUUUGAAAAUUCACUUCGAAAAUUUGAUUGAUGUGUACGUGACGAAUGUUUAAUUAAUUAAUGAGCUUCUGUCUCAGUACUGAUCAAAAUGUAGCUGAUUUUUUGCUUGUCAAUGAUACGGAACAGUUGAUAAUCUGUGUUAAUAUUAAUCUUUCUUAAUAUUUCAAAAUGCGGUAAAUGAAUAGUUUUUAAGUUUUUAUUGUAAACUUUUAGUCUCAUUAAUUUAAGGCAAAAAUGGUACUGUUAGUUUCUACAUUUUUAUAUAAUUAAAAAUUGAAUUUAUAAAUUCACUAUUAAUUCAUAUAAAAAUUCAACUACAAAGUCACUCUAACUUUCAAUAAUGUGGAGUAUUACAUUAGUCUAUAAAAUAAUCGAAUAAACGAAUUCUUCUUGAGGAAAUUCAACUCUUUUAUCACAUACUUGAACAAUGAUGUAAAAUAUUGAUAAGUUAAAGUGCAUUCCACUCUGAUUAAUCAAGUAAAUAUUGACAAUAAAAAAGCACGUGCUGACUAAAAAAACGUCAUCGAAGAGAAUGAGAGGCAAUCGGUACUAUUAAUACGUCAGUGUGUUGAGAUAUAAAUUGAUUAAAAAUUCGUAUAAAAUGUGAGUCACGAAAUAAUUCGGAAACGUUUAAUUAUUCCUCGCAUCUAAACACAUAUGAUGAAAUACUUGUUACUUAUUUUCGGUAAAAACGAAAUAUUUAGUUGUUUCAUUUGAUUUUAAUUUUCAUCUUAUUUCUUACUCUUCAAUUGUUUAUUCUCGUCGUUUGUUAAAUUUACCUUCACUUAUUAAAUUCUGUUAUUUCUUAAUUUCUAAUUAUUAUUUAUUAAAGAAUUUAAUAAAUCUUGCGUGAAACCGAUACAAAUUGCGUGCCGAUGUUUAGGUGUCAUCCUAGUUUCUCGAAGAGCUUCGAGCUUCACAUUGGCGAACAAGGAAGUGUUUUAUCAAAAUUGCGAAAUUUUUAACAACUCCGAUAUCUACGACGGGCCGAUUUGUGGUAACAAUGGGAUCACCUAUGCCAACAGUAUAUAUUUGAACUGCCUCAAUUAUCAGAUGUUUCAAAACGUCGUGCCUGUGCAUUCUGGAGAUUGCUUACCGAUGGACGAUUACUGCAAAAUAAAUCUAUUUUAUCGACCGGUCUGCGGCUCCGAUGGGCACACGUACACGAACCUGGAAUCACUUUUGUGCGUUAAUUACAAGUAUUCGCGAGAUAUAAUGGUAGUUUCAAACGGUGCGUGCAACAUUAUAGAUCAGUGUUACGGCCAAGAGACUAUAAUGUACGCUUUCAACCCUGUCUGUGCAAAUAAUGGCUUCACGUAUCAAAAUGCAGCUCAGGUGAAGUGUUUGCAACGACUUAAUACUAAUCUAAGGAUUCUCCAUAAUGGAGGGUGCAGCGUUACGGAAGUUUACAGCAUUUAUAACAGGAUCGAGAAGGUCUGUGACAUUGCCAACAGUAGAUACGAGUGGAAUCCCGUGUGCGCUUCAGAUGGCGUUACUUAUCCCAAUCCUUUUGAAUUCCUGUGUUAUCAAGCUGAUUCGAGAUCGUUGGUAUCGGAUGACGAGUGCGGGAAGAGCACGCAGGUCUCAUGUGCUGACCUCACGACCUCAGUCAGUGCCAAUGAGACCAUCACCCCGGAGGACGAGGUUUGCGGAAGCGAUGGCGUCACCUAUCGAAGUAUUCAUCACCUGCAAUGCUACAACAACUUGACCCUGAAGCGUUCUGGAGCUUGCAUAGAACCCGAGGACGACCCGUGCAUGUCUAUACCUGAGGAAGAUCUUCGACUUCCGGUGUGUGGCAACGACAAUUUGUCCUACGUGAGCCCGGAGGCUCUGUGGUGCGCGAAAUCGAAGUUCCCAGAUAGAAGUGAGCUAAUUUUGCUUUGUCUCUAAUGCCUCGAAUGCUGUCGUGGGUGAAAUUUCACCCCUACUUAUUGUUAGACAUUAUCUUCGGUCUUCCGUGUUUUUUUUUUUUUUUUUUUUUUUUUUUUUUAAUUCAGAACCGAACGUCGAGGAAACGUGUAAAUAUCACUUACGAUAGUAAAUUUCUUUUCUUACAGAGUUGACGUUUGCUUACGACGGGCCUUGCUAGUUCUCACUCGAUUAAUCCACCUUUCGUUCGACGG